UAGGGAGGGAUUUCUGUUUGUUUAACUACUCAUCACUCUCCAAACACAUUUCAUCCCUAUAUAUGAGAACCACCCAAGUCGUCAGAUGCAAUGUAUUAGCGAGUGACUAGUUUGCAUGUGCAUUUAUUAAUAUUGUUCACUUUUUUUACUUUUUCGUACUAUACCUUCCUGAAUUCUUUUGUUUAGACCUAUAAUUAGUUACAUUUACUUUUAAACAAAAUUUGCAAACCAUACUAGUUUAAUGCAAUUAGAUGAGCAAAAAGUCUAUCGCAAGCUAUGAUAGUGUAUGGUAUUUCAUCUUCUCUGUUUAUCAUACUGGUUGAAUAUAUCCAUAGUUUCAUGUGUUGCAUAAGCCGAUAGAUUCUACAUUAUAUUUACAUUUUCUGAUGCAAGAAGUGGUGUUUUCCCAUUCAAAACCUGCCACCACAAUAGGGUGUUAUGGGUAGUUUCUAGACUGUUGUUUUGCAAUUAAGGAGGUGUUCAGAGUGUUUUAAUGAGUUACUGUAUGUGGCUGCUAGGGUGGCCAAAAGUCUCUAUGAUAUUUGGGUCUGUCUAGUCCAUUUAAUUUUUUUUACUUCAACGCGCAUCUGGUCACUUGGAAAAAUUAUAAUGCUUCUUUUUCAAUAAGCUGCAUGUUUUGAUGUUUAAAUUACGUAUGAAGCACAAAAGGUGUGGAAAAAUGUAUGCUUAGCUUUAUACUUGGGGUUUAAGGUUACCAAAUAACAAAAACUUUCACUACCACAAGUACUCUGCAAAGCCAUUAAGAGCUUACAUUAAGCAGGUGUGUCAGGAAACAGGAACAGGUCUAUUGGUUCCUAGUGAUGCAUGAGUGAAAUGAAUCUGACGUCCACAUCUUUAUCCCUGCCACUCACGCCAUUUCAUUUCUGUGAUGGAAACAUGGAAGACUCAUUAUUCAGUCAACACCUCACCUGUUAACCACAAGACCCCACCCACCGAUGCCUAGGGGUGAAGCCGUCUGUGAACGCUGGUUACUCCUCUUAGUGCAAGGAGGAGCCACAAACUACUUUCCCCAGAGGGCAAAGAAUAGGGCAGCACUAACAUUCGAUUUUAAAAUCAGCCAUCAUGAAGACAUGACAAAUUGGUUCAGAAGUGCUCGGUGUGCCGUGAAACGCUUGCACUGCUGAUGAAAAGACGCAUGGUGCAUGAAUAUCGUGCAGCAUUAUUUGUGAGCAUUUGAUGAUCACCUUGGGGACAUUAACUGUAGCACCACACCAUGUUCGUAUGGAUAAUCAUUUGGCCUUAAGGUUGAAAGACAACUAAAAAUGAAAGCUGUUCAUUCAAGAGUCAACCAGUCAUCUGUCAGCUGAGGACUCGAAUGCAAACAACAUGAACCUUGUAAGUAACGGAUUGUCAGUGCAGUGUUACUUGAUGCCAAAGCUGAUGGGAAAAAUGAAAAGAAGAGUUCAGGAGAUGAAAAACCCAAAUACUUCGGGGUGUUCGGUAGAUCUGAGUUACAACGAGAGCACACGACUGGCUAUGGAUGCUCUGUUGGAUAGAGGGAUUGAUAGAUACCAGGAAGUGCUGAACAAAGAGAAUGAAGCAAACUUUCUGUCAGCGGAGGAGAAAACAUACAUCUUAAACAACAUUAAAAAGCCUCUCGCUGACAAUGAAGAGACCGACAGGGAUGAAGAGACAUCCGGUUCUCCAUCAGUUUCCUCUGAGACAUACUUUCCUGCAGUCACAGAGAGUGAGCCUCCAGUUCUUGACUACGGCUGGCCGGUGGCUGACUGGAGUUACCAUCUGCAAGGGAUUCCUAGCGUGGAAGUGUUCUUCCACUCAAUGAAAUCGUUUUCCUUGAAAGACCUGCUGCGGGAACUCAUCAGGCAAGCAACUAAAGUUUUGGCCAUAGUUAUGGACACAUUCAGUGACGUGGAGAUUUUUUGUGACAUACUGGAGGCGACAAGAAAGCGCAACGUGUCCGUCUAUCUCCUUCUGGACCACACCAAUUUACAGCUGUUUCAGGACAUGUGUGAAAAUGUAAAAAUCAACAAGUAUCAUCUUACUAGAAUGUCCGUUCGUAGUGUUCAAGGUGAAACAUACUGUGCAAAAUCAGGCAGAAAGUUUACUGGACAGAUGAAAGAGAAGUUCGUCAUUGUGGACUGCACAAAAGUGCUGGUGGGCUCCUACAGUCUCACCUGGAUGUCCUGGCAGGUUAACAGAAGCUUGGCCGUACUCUUCAAAGGCAGCGGGGUUAAACCUUUUGACCUGGAGUUUCGCAGACUCUAUGCCAUUUCUAAACCUAUCCCAGGAUUUACCUGCCAUACAUCAGAUCUCUACGAUCUCUGCCCACCCUUCGAGAAACUCCAGAUCCCAAUGCACCUGGCAGGAAAUUCUGGAAACCCUCCAGACCAUCAACAACAGAAACCUCAUAAGUCCAGGAACUCGAGUUUCCCAACAGCUCCUGUCCUGGUCAGACAAACCAGCUAUCCAAAUGUUACCACUGGACCGAAGAGAUCUCAGUGGCUUCCACGGAGGAACACAAUCCAUCACCCCAUUGCCUAUCAGCCCCCACUUUUCAAAGAUUAUAAUACGAGGAGCCAACCUUGGCGUCCAAUACAGGGCAAUCACAUUAACAGAGGUGUUCCUGCAACUUCCCACUGGUGCUAGAGCAGGUAAU